AUGUCUAUCGUUGAAUAUAAUAAUAUUCUUAAAACAGUGGCUCAAGCUUAUGAGCUAUUAUCUAAGCUUGAUGCUGUGAGUGAAGAGAAAUUUCUCACGUGGAUAAGAAUUUGUAAUGACACUUGUGAUCAGUUCAAUAAAUUAUUAUUAGAACGUAAAAGCAGUGUUCAUGAGAGGAAAAACUUACAAACUAACAUCUCACUUCUGUGCUGGUAUAGUGAUAAAUUUUUACAAUUAUCUAAGCCAGUGACUGGUGGUGCUCUUAAUGCUAAUAAUAUCGUUCAAUGGCGAGACUUGGAAAAUGCCUUCCAAAAUAGAAUUAAGACCGGUUGUGUUGUUAACCUGGGGGAUAUUGACUUGAGAGCAUUUUUGAAUGAUGCGAAAGUUUCAAUAAUUGAAAAAAUUAAUAAUAUUCGAGAACAUGAGGGAAACCUCAAAGUAAGCGUCACUCUUUUAUGUGGUUUUGAAAAUGUUAAAAGUGACGUUACGAUAAAAGACAAUAAAUCCUUCAAAACUAAAAGUGAUGAUAUUUUAAUAUCUACUUCACUUGCUGAUUGGUUCAAUGAUAGUGUACAUGAGCCGCUAUUGAAAAAAGUUGAAGAAUUCAAUCAGAAAGAUUCAGGGUGGAGUUUGAGUGAAAUUAUAAACUUGAUUGUAAAUAUAUCACGAUAUGCUCCACUGCAAGUUGGUUUUUCAACAUAUGUGAAUCUACCCCAAGAUAUUAAACAGAAGAAGGCUGUUCUAAACAUCAAGAAUAAUGAUGUCUACUGUUUUCUGUGGUGCAUCAAAGCUGCAUUGUUUCCUGCAGAAAAAAAUAAGUAUCCUGGACGAGUGUCAUCAUAUCAACAUGUGGAUGCAGUUUUCAACCAUCAAGGUAUUAGAUUUCCGAUAUCUCUCAAAGAUAUCCCUAAAUUUGAAAAACUGAAUAAUUUAAGAAUCAACGUUUACGGUAUAGAAUCGGAAACUGUUAAAAAUAAUGAAGAUAAUAUAGAUAAUAUGAUAGUUCCUUUAUAUUUUAGUUUAAAUAGAUCUGAUAAAGAAACUAUUCACUUAUUAAUGGUUGAGACGGAUAUUACUUUGCAUGAUGAUGAUGAAAAUCCUGAUAGCUUUCAACCUAUACAUCAUUUUGCUUUGAUUAAAAAUCUCUCUCGACUAGUCAAAUGUCAAAUUUCAAAGUCUAAAUCACGAUUAUGGUUUUGCGAUCGAUGUUUAAAUCAUUUUAGAUUUCAACGUACACUUGAGAAACAUACACCUGAUUGUUUGAAAUAUAAUAAAGUACGAAUGAGAUUGCCGGAGAAAGAUGAAGAUAAGGUACUAAGUUUUAAAAAUUUAAAAUAUAAGGAUCCAGUACCGUUUGUAGUCUAUGCUGACCUUGAAUGUACUCUCGAGAUCGGUGCAGAUGAUACACAAAAGCAUGUCCCUCACAGUGUAGCUUAUUACCUGCAGUGUAAUUAUGACAAUUCUUUAUCUAAGUUCGAAAUUAAUCGUUCACCUGAUUGUAUUAUAUGGUUUUUAAGAAAGUUAGAAAUCUUAGGUAGAAAUGUUAACAAACUUUUAAAAAAUAAUGUUAAAAUGUUACCGCUCACAAUUGAUGAGCAACAUUAUCAUAAUAAUUCAAAACUUUGUCACAUCUGUGGAAAACCAUUUAAAUUAGCCAAUGAAAUAAGAUGUCGCGAUCAUUGCCAUUUUACUGGAAAGUAUCGAGGCCCAGCUCAUAAUUCAUGUAAUUUGAAUUAUAAGCAAACUCAGACUAUUCCAGUAGUUUUUCAUAAUCUAUCUGGUUAUGACUCACAUUUUAUUAUAAGUUCAUUAGCUACAUGUUUUGAUGGUCAAGUAAAUAUUUUACCAAUUAAUAAGGAAAAAUAUAUUGCAUUCACCAAGUCAAUCAAAAAUACAUCUGUACAAUUGAGAUUUAUAGAUUCUUUUCGUUUUAUGGCAUCAAGUAUUGAAAAAUUAGCUUCAUAUCUUGAUAAUGAUGAUAAAAAAAUUACACAAAAGUAUUAUUCCGAUUCAGAGCAAUUUAAAUUAGUUACACGUAAAGGUGUAUUUCCAUAUGAAUAUAUUGAUUCGAUAAAAAAACUUGAUGACACUCAAUUGCCAGAUAAAAAAUUAUUUUAUUCUAAGCUUAGUGAUUGUGAUAUCUCAGAUGAUGAUUACAAUUAUGCUAAACAAGUUUGGGAUAAAUUUAAUAUAAAGACACUUGGUGAAUAUUCAGAUUUAUAUUUAAAAACAGAUGUCUUAUUGUUGGCUGAUAUAUUUGAAAAUUUUCGUAGCAGUUGUUAUAAAACAUAUGAAUUAGAUCCUUUGCAUUACUACACUGCGCCGGGACUUGCUUUUGAUGCAAUGCUCAAGCUUACAGAUAUAAAAUUAGAUUUAUUAGAUGAUCCGGAGAUAACAUUAUUUUUUGAGAAAGGUAUAAGAGGUGGUGUUUCUCAAUGUGCAAAUCGAUAUGCAAAAGCUAAUAAUCGAUUUAUGGGUGAUGAUUUUAAUCAAAGUGAAGAUGAGUCAUAUAUCAUGUAUUAUGAUGUGAAUAAUCUAUAUGGGGCAGCUAUGAGUAUGCCUUUACCACAAGGUUCUUUUGAAUGGAUACAUGAUGAUGAUAUUGAUGUACAUGAUGUAAACAAAUUUUUUAAUGAUAGUCCAACAAUUGGAUAUAUUUUAGAAGUAGACUUAGAAUAUCCAAUUGAAUUACACGAUCAACAUAAAGAUUUACCUCUGUGCCCUGAACAUUUUAUACCACAGGGGAAUAAAUAUUCAAAACUAGCUACUACACUUCAUUCUAAACAAAAAUAUGUUAUUCAUUAUAUAAAUUUAAAACAGUGUCUUAAUUUAGGAAUGAAGCUUGUAAAAGUUCAUCGAGUCUUAAAAUUCAAUCAAUCAGCUUGGUUAAAGCCAUAUAUAGAUAAAAAUACAGACUGUCGCAAAAAUGCCAAGAAUGAAUUUGAAAAAAACUUUUUUAAGCUCAUGAAUAAUGCUGUAUUUGGUAAAACUAUGGAAAACGUUCGAAAAUAUACAGAUGUAAGAAUAGUUACCAAAUGGUCAGUAUCUUAG